CAGUACCCCUCAUGGAGCCAGAGAACAUCGUGGAUGGAGACCAGAUGCUCAUCCUGGGACUCAUCUGGGUCAUCAUUCUGUGUUUCCAGAUUGCCCACAUCUCCCUGGACAGGGAGGAGUUUGGGGCCAGCACAGCCCUGCUGUCUGCCAAGGAGGCUCUGCUGCUCUGGUGCCAGCGGAAGACGGCCGGCUACGCCAACGCCAACAUCACUGACUUCUCCCGCAGCUGGAGUGAUGGGCUCGGCUUCAGUGCCCUCAUCCACGCCCACAGGCCAGAUCUGCUUCACUACGGCUCCCUGCGUCCCGACCGCCCACUGCACCACCUCCGCUGUGCUUUCCGUGUGGCUGAGCAGGAGCUGGGCAUCGCUCAGCUGCUGGACCCCGAGGACGUGGUGGCCCUACAGCCCGAUGAGCGUUCCAUCAUGACUCACGUCUCCUUCUACCACCACUUCUCCCACCUGCACCAGGGGCAGACUGUCCAGAAGAGACUCGCGAAGAUCCUGCUUCAGCUCCAGGAGACAGAGGCGCUGCAGACCCAGUGUGAGCAGCUGGUGGCUGACCUCCUGUGGUGGAUCGCGGAGAAGCCGGUGCAGCUGGAGGCCCGGGAUUUCCCAGACACCCUGCCAGGCAUGCGCCAGCUGCUGGUGGCCUUUGCCUCCUUCCGCACCCAGGAGAAGCCACCAAGGCUGCAGCAGCGAGGGGCCACGGAGGCCCUGCUCUUCCGGUUGCAGAUGGCACUCAGAGCCCAGAAUCGUAGGCACUUCCUGCCGCACGAGGACCUGGGCCCUGCAGAGCUGUCCCAGAGCUGGGCAGGCCUGGAGCAGGCAGAGGCCUCGUGGAGCCAGGCCCUACAGCAGAGGUUCCUGCAACUAGAGAGGUUGGAAACCCUGGGCCGGCGCUUCCAGCGUAAGGCAGCCCUCCAGGAGAGCUUUCUAACAGACACAGAGCAGGUGCUGGACCGGGCUGCAGCCCCGCCAGCCAGCCCGGCCACAGUGGAAGCGGCCACCCAGAGGCUGCGCAUGCUGGAGGCCGGCUUCCUGCCCCAGGAGGGGUGCUUCCAGGCCCUGGCCGAGAUUGCAGGCGUCCUCCAGCAGGAGCACUACCAUGGCUGGGCAGAGGUGGCCUGCAGGCAGUUGGAGAUCACUCAGUGCUGGGAGCGGCUCCUUCCACGGCUGCAAGGGCAGAGGAAGCAGAUGGCAGGCAUGCAGGCUGUGCUGAGCCUGCUGCAGGAAGUAGAUGCCUCCAAGAAGCUCAACCAGCUGCAGGUGCUGGCCAGCUCCACGACCUGUGGGCAGCAGCUGGCAGAGGUAGUGGAGCUGCUUCAGGGACAUGACCUGCUGGAGGCCCAGAUCUUGGCCCAUGGUGCCCACGUGAGCCAUCCUGCUCACCAGACAAUGCUGGAUUCUUCCCUAGGCACUAGUGUGGAAGUGCUGCAGGCCAAGGCCAGGGUGCUGGCCCAGCUCCACCAGAGCCUGGUGUCUCUUGCCAGGUCCCGGCGGGCCUUGCUGGUGCAGACCCUGCAGCGGGCAGAGCUCCUGCACAACUGUGAGGAGGAGGAAGCCUGGUUGAGGGAGCGGGGACAGCUGGUGGAGGAUGCGGCCCUGGGCCCGGAUCUCAACCAGAUCGCUGCGGCCCUGCAGCAACACAAGGCCCUAGAAGCCGAGCUCCGCCGCCACCAGGCCGUGUGCACUGAUCUCGUUCGGAGAGGACGCGACCUGGGCGCAUGCAGGCCCCGAUCGCCGGAUCCCCGGGAACGGGCCGCGGCGGUGCAGGGCGCGUGGCAGAGGCUCUGGGCCCGGGCGGCGGGGCGGGGCGCGCGGCUGCAGGCGGCCCUGCUCGUCCAUCAGUACUUCGCCGACGUGGCGGAGGCAGCCUUGUGGCUCCGGGAGCGGCAGUCAGCGCCGGAGAGCAUGUCCUUUGGGAAGGACCAGGCGGCUGCUGAGGCCCUGCUGUGGCGCCACCUGCGGCUCGAGCGCGCAGUGCGCGUCUUUGGGGCCGAGCUGCGGCGAUUGGACGAGCCCGCGCCGGCCGCAGCCCGGGGGCAUCGUCGCUCCUGGUACGCGGGGACCGACCGGGCAGGGACCCAGACCCACGGGCCUCCGACACCAAAUGCGUGUGCUGUGCCCGCUCUCCCAUGGUCACACAGAGGGUGGAAAUGGGAGGGCAUUUUAAUAAAUAAUCCCCCGCCCAUCCCCACUGGCCAGCUGCUGGGUCAAGAAGAGGAGCAGGACCAGGAUAGCCCUCAGAACCUGUGCUCCCCCAGGGACGCACUUCACCCAGCUCCCGGGAGAGACCCUGCAGCCCCUGCGCCAGACGAGCCCCGACACCUGGGAGCUGAAGGACUGGGGGUGCUGCCCGGCCAGGUGCCCAUCAGCCACAUCAUGGAACAAGAAUCCCAGGUGGUGUCUGCCCUGAGCUCUCCGAAAGAAGGCCCAAGAAACCCAGGGGCCCCGCGUGAGGUUUCCUGCUACUCUGGCCCCCGGGGCACCCAGAAGAUGGCCCUCCCAGAUGAGCCUGACCCUGUCUUUGACCCCAACACCAUCCUCCAGACACAGGACCACUUGAGCCAGGACUGUGAGGGCCUGCGGACCCUGGCAGAGCACCGCAGGGCCCAGCUGGAGGAGGUGGUGGCCCUGUUUGGCUUCUAUGGCUCCUGUGGGGAGCUGCAGUCCUGGCUGGCAAACCAGACAGUGCCGUUCCGAACACUGCAGCCCCAGGACAACUUGGAGGUCAUGCAGCUCAAGUGUGAGAAAUUCCUCACUGCCCUGGCUGUGGGAAGAGGCCUCUGGGCUGAGGUUAGCAGCUCCGCUGAACAGCUGAAGCAGAGAUGUCCUGGAGAUUUCCCCAAAAUCCAGCGACAGCAGGAGGAACUGAGCUAGAGGUGGGAGCAGCUGGAGGCCCUGAAGAAAGAGAAGGAAACACAGCUGGCAUGCACCACACAUGUGUGCAGUUUUCUGCAGGAGUGUGGAACCACAUGGGUCCAGCUGCAAGACAUGAUACUCCAGCUAGAAACCCCAGAGCCGGGGCACUUAGAGGACAGCCACCACGUCCUGCAAGUGAGCCAGCAGAAGAUGCUGGCGCGGGAGAGAGGCAAAGGGCAGCAGUGGGCCCUGUCUCACAGGGUCGAGGAGCUGGGCCCCACAGAGAGCCAGUCCCUGCAGGGACAGGUGGAGACACCGUAGGGGCUGCUGGAGAGAGUGCAGGAGCAAGUGACCUGACGGGCCUGGGCCCAGGCCAAGGCGCAGCCCUGCCAGGGCUUCCUGCAGCGGAGCCGGUGGCUGCUGCAGGCAGGCAGUAUCCGGGCUCAGCUGCACAGCGAGGAAGAGGAGGUGGUGGACGUGGCCUCAGCCCAGCGGCUUCUGACGGAGCACGAAGACCUGCUGGAGGAGAUUCACCUGCAGCAGGAGAGGCUGCAGCAGCUGGAGGCUCAGGGCCAGCCCAUGGCAGCCUUGGACUCCUCGGACUCCCGAGGGGCGGCCAGUACCCCGAGGCUCCUGGGCCAGCAAGGCAGGAAGUUGAAGGCCUCCUGGGAGCAAAGACAGCAGCGGCUGCAGGAGGGGUUGAAGUUGCAGAGGUCUGGUCGAGAAGUGGAUGUUUUCACUGCCACCUGUGCCAACCAUGAGACCUUCCUACAGCUGGACAGCCUCGCGGAAUGGAAGCAGGACGUGGCAGAGGUGAUGCUGUGGAUGGAGGAGAAGUGGCGGAUGCUGGCGGACGAGCCAUCCCAAGAGCCUGGCAACAUCCUGCAGAAACUCAGGUGGCACAAAACAGCUGAGCCUGAGCUGGUGGCCACCCAGGGGCACGUGGAGGGCCUGCAGCAGGUUGGGAGAGAGCUGUUGAGCAGCAGACCCCGUGCCCAGGAGGACGUGCAGGCCGGGCUUCAGGGCCUGAGCAGCAAGUGGGAAGAGUUGAACCGCCAAAUGGCAGAGCAUGGGAAGCAGCUCUGGCGGGCUCGGCAGCAGGACCAGCUCCUGGGGCUGCUGCAGGAAGCCAAGGAGAAGGUGGAGCAGAUAGAGGGGCCCCUGCAGAGUGCAGAAAUGGGGCAGGACCUGGGCUCAAGCUGGGGGCUGCAGAGACAGCACCGUCAGCUGGAGGCCGAGAGCCAGGCGCUGGCCGGCAAGAUGGCUGCCCUCGUUCCCCAGGCCCACCAGGUGGUCAAUACCCAGACCAUCGUGGAGGAGACCCAAAAGUACCUCCAGAGGUUCGAGUCCCUUCAGGGAUGUCUGGCUGCCCGGCGACUGCAGCUGCAGGCCUCCGUUGAGCUGUACCAGUUCCACCACCUGAGCGACAUGGAGCUCACUUGGGUGGCAGAACACAUGCCUGCACCCAGCGCUGGCUCCGAGAAAUACUUGAAUGUUGCCCACAGUCUUCUCCGCAAGCACGAGGAGCUCCGCGCAGAGGUGAAAGCCCACCAGGGACAGGUGCGAAGGGUGCUGGGUUCCGGCUGCAGCCUUGCAGCCUCAGGGCGCCCCCAGGCCCAGCACAUCGUGGAGCAGUGCCAGAAGCUGGAAGGCCGCUGGGCGGAGCUGGAGUAGGCCUGUGAGUAUUUCCUGGACAUAUCAGAGCUGGAGGACUGGGUGGAGGAGAAGUGGCCUCUGGUGAGCAGUCAGGACUGUGGCGGGGACAAGACAGCCACGGUCAGGCUCAUCAAGAAGCACUAGGUAAGGUUCACCCAGUCUGAGCUUUGCGUGCUGACGGGCCCUGCAACAGGAACUGGCUCGUCUUGGAGCUCCAUGGAGGAGCUUGACCAGAGGGCCCAAACCCUCACUGGCCCCGAGGCCCCUAUGCAGCUGGGUGUGGUGCAGGAGAGGCUCCGGGAGGGGCUGCGGGCACUGCAGGAGUUGGCAGCCACACGGGACCGGGAGCUGGAGGGGACCCUGAAGAUGCAUGAGUUCAUGAGGGAGGCCGAGGACCUGCAGGGCUGGCUGGCCAGCCAGAAGCAGGCAGUCAGGGGAGGAGAGAGCCUUGGGGAGGAGGACGUUCUGCGCUUCUGCACCAAGUUUGCAAAGUUUCAGCACCAAGUAGAGAUGGGGGGCCAACAGGUGGCAACCCGCCAGCAGCUGGCAGAGAGCCUGCUAGAAUGUGGGCACAGCGCUGCCCCUCAAGCCCGUCAGAUGCAGCAGGAUCUGCAGGCUGCCUGGUUGGAGCUGUGGGCGCUGACCCAGGCCCACGGCUGCCUGCUCCGAGAUGCUGAGAUCACCCUCAAAGUUCACAGAGAUCUGUUGGAAGCCCUCACCCAGGUCCAGCUGCAGGAGCUGCUGGAGACUGGAGGAACGGUGCAGAAGCUGGGGCCCGGGCCUCAGGCCCAAGCGGUGCAGCAGAGGCAGCGGGCCCUGGUGCAGGCUUGGGAGGCCCUGAAGCUGCACGUGGAGCAACGCCGGGCCCAGCUGGAGCGGGCAUGGCUCCUGGCCCGCUUCCAUGCAGCGGUGAGGGCUCCUCCCUCCCCGGGCUCUGUGUGCGUGUGUGUGUUGUACCGUGAGUGUGCAUGCACUAAUGAGACCCUCCAACCCUGGAGGGAAGACGAGUGGGGACACGAGGAGGAAGAGCACUGGGCAUGUGCAGGUGUCCGUCUGGCCAGGCAGAGGGCUGAGCGCGGGGGAUGCAGCGGUGACUCCUCAGGUUUGGGUCAACACCAGCCCAGCUCUCUGCUAGGAGCUCAGCUGCCGGUGGAGGAGAUCUCCCAGGAUCCCGGCAGUGGCCUGCUGAAGCUCAGCGCCCACCAAUAGCUUCGGGCAGUGCUGGAGGCCCAGGAGGAGCUGCACCAGCAGGCUGCCCCGGUGGGCCAGCAGGCACUUUUGGCUGCAGGGACAUCCAUCACGGAGGUCCAGGAAGGGCUGCAAGUCCUGCAGGACAAGCAGCAGCAGGUGUUCCAGUCCUGGGAGCAGAAACAGGAGAGGCUGCAGGCCAUGCACUGGGAGCAGCUCUUCCUCAGAAAGCGUGGCCGCCUGGACGAGACUCUCACAGCCCGGGAGGUCUUCCGGAGAACCAGUGCCCUGGGGAGCUCCGUGGAACAGGUGGAGCAGUUGAUUCGCAAGCAUGAGACAUUCCAGAAGGUGCUGACUGCCCAGGACGAGAAGGCGGCUCUGUGUGAGCAGGUGAAGAUGCUCGGGGGCCCCAGGGCGCAGGACCUGCUCUGCAGCUUGCUAGAGCGCCGGGCUCGGGUGGAGGAGCUGGCGGAGAGCCGGGGACACACCCUGCACGCCUCCCUGCUGAUGACAGCCCUCAUCAGGGCCGCCUUCCAGGCCGAGGACUGGAUCCAGGAGUGACUCCAGCAGCUGAAAGAACCAGUCCCUCCUGGGGACCUGAAAGAUAAGUUGAGGCACAUGCCGAAACCCCAGGCCUUCGAGGCUGAGGUCCAGGCCCAUGAGGAGAUCGUGACCUCUGUUGCCAAGGUAACAGCCAGGCCCUCAGCCCACACCCUGCCCCAAAGUGAGGACACCAGGAUGGCCAAGGGGAAAGGUCUGAGGCAGGGGGAGCCUCCCUCACCUCACCAAGCCUUAGUUUCUUCAUCUUUAAAAUGGGGAUACCGCUUACCUCAUAGGUUAGUCUCUGAGCUCUGCUCCAGCUUCUAUAAAAGAGAGAAACCCCCUUCCCUGCGCACCUGCUGGCACUCACCGUUUCAUUCAACCCCUUACUUUGCUUUUCUUAUCCUGAGAAGCUGCAUUUUAACUUUAAAAGCUUCUGUUCAUCAGUGCGUGCCUGCCCUCCCGCUCCUGCCUGGUCCCGACCUGGGGAGCAGAUUUCCUAGUCUUAGAGACGACCCUGGGCUACAGACCCCAGGUGCAUCUUGCUCAGGGCACCUGGCAUGGGAUGGGAUGGCCACGGCAGAGGAAGCAGCUGCCUCCACUCCGCAAACGUGCAGUCCCUCGAGCUCUCUCAGGCCCGAGCACACUCUCCGAGUAUUGGUGCAGUGCAAAGAAGGGGCUCGGAGCAGGUGCCACAGAUGCCCUCCCCCUGCACCUCCACAGGACACGGUGGGUGAUGCCCACAUCAGGAGCGUCAAUGACUUGUCCCUGCAGUCCAAGAACCAGGACCCUGAGCAACUCAACACCACCUGCCAACGGUGACAGCAGCUCAACAACAGGUGGAACAGUUUCCAUGGCAACCUGCUCUGCUACCAGCGGCAGCUUGAAGGGGCCCUGGAGAUACACACGUCCCAAAAGCUGGAUGACCUCACUCAGCAGAUCGGGGAGAAGGCCACCCUGGUCCAGGCCCUGGACUGUGGGAAAGAUCUGGAGAGCAUGCAGAGGCUGAGGCGGAAACACAAGGAGUUGGAGCAGGAAAUAGGCCUCGUCCAGGCCCAGGUGGAGCCUGUAGAGCAUGAGGUAGGCCGCUUCUGCCAGAGAAGCCCUGAGGCCGCCCACACCCGCCGCAAGCAGCAGGCGAUGAUGGGCCGCUGGUGGCAGCUCCAGAGUGGGGCCCAGAGGCGGAAGGAGUCGCUGGAUGCCUUGCUCCAAGCUCAGAAGCGGCAGGCAACGCUGCAGGAAUUGCUGAUCUGGGCCCAGAGGCUGCGAGCUGAGAUGGACGCCCAGAGCACCCCCAGCAGCCUCGCGGAUGUCCAGAGCAUGUUGGAGGAACGCCGGGAUCGCAAGGCCGAGCUGGAUGCCUGAACAGACAGCAUCAGCCUGGCCCAAAGCACUGGGCAAUGACUGCUUGCCGCCGGGCACCCAUCCACCCCCAACAUCUGCCAGGCCCCGGCUGGUUUAGACCAGGAGCUGAACAGCCUGGAAGGGGCCUGGCAGGAGCACCAGGUCCAGCUGCAUCAGGCCUAGGAGCUACAGCUGGCUCUGAGCUCUGUGGAGCAGGUGGAAAGUUGGAAAGUUUCUGCAGCCUGGAAGCCUGCCCAGCCAGUGAGCGUCUCAGGCCUUACUGGGAGUGCAGAGGAGAGGGUGUCCCUGUUAUGUGGAGGAGCUCCACCUGCCCUGGAAAUUCUAACACUUGACCCUUAUCCCCCAUGCCUUUCCUGGUUGAGAAUCGCUGCCCUAAAGCCAGAUACAGCCUUGAGGGAUUGGGGGGAUGUGUCUGGUAGGAAAGUAGAUAGCUUGGGACUGGGAGGGGGCAUCCCUGUAGACAGUAUCGCUUCCCAGGACUCCUUGCUUGACAUGGAAACAGUGCUGUGGAAGCAGAAGAUGCAUGAGCGAGACCUGGAGGCACAGGUGGAGAUCAGCGCGCUGGAAGCCUCCACCCGCAGCCUGCACCAGGGUGGACAGCCCGAGGCCCAGGGUGCCCUGGGCCGGUGCCGGGCCAUGCUCCUGAGGAAAGAGGCACUGCUGGAGCAAGCCAGGACCUGUCGCCACCAGCUGGAGGAGCUCGGGCAGCUGCAGCCUUUCCUGCACGGUUCCUACGAGGUGGCCGCAUGGCUGAGGGAGAAGAACCUGGUGGUCCUGGAAGAGGGCUGGCAGGACCCAGCCGGGAGGCAGGCACAGUUGCGGCGGCCGCAGAUUCUCCAGGCGCAGGACACGAGUGUACACCACCAGCAAAGGCUGCAGACAGAGGGGCAGAGGCUGCUGCGGGAUGGCCUCACAUCCUCAGAGACCAUGCAGGAGCGGCUGCAGGAGCUGAGAGAACUCUGGGAGGAGCUACAGGCCAACUGCCAGAGGAAGGCAGCCAAGCUACAGGAGGCCCAUGAGGCCCUGCGUCUCCGGCACAGUGUGGAGAACUGGCUGGAGCCCGUGGAGCUCAAACCGAGAGCCCCCAUCGGGGGCCCAGAGCAGCCUGGGCUGGACGAGCUCCUGGGGGCUCAGGAAGAGCUGGACAGGCAGGCCAGGCACGCACAGGCCUUUGUCCGGGAAGGCCACUGCCUGGCCCAAGAUGUGGAAGAGAGGCCCAGCGGCUGCUUCAGCGGUAAAGCCGUCCCUCCUCUCUGCCCCCCAGCUCGGCUCCUCGGGGCCCUCCCUGCCCACGGUGAGGGGCACAGAGCGGGCGAGCUGGUGUGCAGGUCACAGUGUGGCCCUGAUCCUGACGACCAGGGUGCCCCCUGCCCCGGGCCCGCCCUCCACUGCUGCAGGUUUGAGAGCCAGCGGGCGCCCCUGCGGGAGCGCAGGACAGCCCUGGAGGCCCGGAGCCUCCUCCUGCAGUCCUUCAAGGAGGCCGACGAGGAGAUGGCCUGGGUGCGGGAGACGCUGUCCCUGACGGCCGCUCGGGACUGUGGCCAGAGCCCCAGCGCCCUGCAGCGCCUGCAGGAGAAGUGCCAGAACCUGGAGACUGAGAUGAGCAGCCCUGAGGUUCUGACCCAGGCAGCGGUGGGCACAGGGUGCGAGCUGGUGCAGGCUGGGCACUUUGCUGCCCGCGACGUGGCUGCCCGGGCGCGGCAGCUGGAGGAUGCCAUGGGCCGCCUGCAGGCAGAGGCUACGCAGAGGCGACAGCGGCUGCAGCAGGCUCAGGAGGCCCAGCAGUUCCUGAUGGAGCUCCCAGAGGCAGGAGCCUGGCUGGAAGAAUGGGGCUGUGUUCAAGAACGGGACAUUGAGGAUAUGGGCCAGAGUGCCGAGGCCACGCAGGCCUUUCUGCGGUGGCUGGAGGCCACCAGGAGAGACCUGGAGGGGUUCAGCACACGCAUCGAGAGGCUGCAGCAGACAGCAGCCCUCCUCGAGAACGGGCAGAACCCAGAAAUCCCCAAGUUGCUCGCCCUGAUGCUCGCAGUGAGGGACACCCACUCAGGGCUGUUGCAGAGAGCGGAGGGCAGGGGGCAAGGCCUUCGGGAGCAGCUGCAGCUCCACCAACUGGAGCGGGAAGCCCUGCUCCUGGACGCCUGGCUGGCCAGCAAGGUGGCCACUGCCGAGUCCCAGGACUACAGGCAGGACCUGGAGGCCGUCAAGGUGCUGGAAGAGAAGUUCGAUGCUUUCAGAAAGGAAGUCCAGAGCCUGGGACAGGCCAAUGUGCAGGCCCUGCGGAAGCAGGCAGGCUCCUUGGAAUGGGCAGCACCCAGGUGCUCUCCCCAGAUUCAAGGGCAGCGGAGUCACAUCGAGGCCAUUUGGGAGAGACUGGACCGGGCAGUGAAAACCCGCACACAGAACCUGGCCAUGGCCCGUGAGGUCUGCGGCUUUGAGCAGGUAGCAGCCGAGCUCCGGGGCUGGAUGCAGGAGAGGGCGGCCCCGGUGGCAAGAGAUGCCUGUGGCCGCAGCCCGGCGCCGGUGCAAACCCUGCAGCAACAGCACAGAUGCCUGGAGGAGAGACUGGCAGCGAUGGAAAAGGAGGGGGCCCAGGUGCAGAUGGAGCCCUGCCAGCUGGGCCAGCUACACCCUGUGGCUCAGGAGGGCCUGGCCAAGCAACUGGCUGAGGUGCAGGAGGCCUCCACCCUGAAUGCGAAGGUCCAGGAGCGGGGUCAGCAGCUGGAGGAGGCUGCCCAGGGCCACGCCUUCCUCGGACGCUGUCGGGAACUGCUAGCAUGGGCUCAGGAGAAGCAAGGGCUGGUGUCCUCAGAGGAGCUGGCUGGGGAUGUGUCUGGGACGGAGCGGCUCCUGGAGCUGCUGGAGGAGCUGGGGCAACAAAUCAAGGGGCACUGCCGUCAAGCCCAGGAUGUACAGCAGGAAGGGCAGCAGCCGGUGGACAAUGGCCGCUUCAUGUCCCUGGAGAUGACAGAGUGCCUGCAGGAGCUGGACGGUUGGCCGCGGGCACUCAGGGAGGCCUGGGCCCUGCACUGGGAGCGCUGUGAGGGGAGGUGGCGUCUGCAGAAGCUGCAGCAGUGGCUGGACCGGGCCGAGGCCUGGCUGGCGUGCCGGGAGGACCUCCUGCUGGACCCCAACUGCAGGCGCUCGGUGUCAGAUGUGGAGUGGCUGCUCCACAGACACCAGGACUUAGAAAAGCUGCUGGCUGCCCAGGAGAAGUUUGCUUACUGCAGAGGAAGGCAGGGGAAAGCCCUAUUCUUUCCCUUGCUGGCUGUCACGUCCUGUUGCCCACAUCUCCAGCCCGGCAUGAGCCCCAGGGACGGCUGCCCUGGGGCCUCGGGGGGCAGCUGCCCGAGCCUGCUCCAGGACGAGCGGAUGGCAGCCAAGAGACCGUUUGCAGCACCAUCUGAAGGGCAGGCUGAGAGCUGGCAUGGAGCCCCGAGCAGCGCGGCAGGCAGGCUCCAGGGGAAGCCUGGGGAACGGGGCAGGCGCGAGGGGCAUUGAUUCCCUGGGCCCCAAGCUGCUGGCACUGGAUGCGUCCUUGGAAGUUUCACAUCUACUAUCUCUGUGCCUGAGAGGUAAGUGGGAGUUUUUUUCUCAAUUUAAGGCCCCGAGAGGGUAAGCAACUUGCCAGAGAUCACAUAGCUAAUUAGUAGAAGCGGAGCCAGGCUUGAUGCCCUGACAGCCUCCUGGUUCUGUUCACCCACUUUGGAGUCUGACUCCCCUGAGCCUUUCCCUCAAGGAUCUUCAUGGGCUUCCCCAUGCUCUGCUCUGCUAGUGAGGCCUUUUCUAACCUUGUAGUCUUCAAACAGCUCUGAACGCACCUCCCUUGGGGUGUCUUAUAGACAGUGGCCAAGCCCAGCUCUACUGCUAGGAGGAAUACACAGAAAGCACCCCUUAGACCAGAAAUCUUUCAUCAUUGUGGUCUGACAGGCUCCGUGUGGAGAGAGCGUUUAGGGGCCCCACCUGGGAGUCCCUCUGGGUUCCUGGCUCUGUUCCUUACACUGUGUCUGUUCCUCUGGGAUCUCCCUGAGGCUGUCCUUCCAGAAUCCCAAAGGGACCUGAGUUUCUCCAGACUAAGCCUCCCUGAGCCCAUCGGCAUUGUCUUCCAGGAGGCCGGAUGCACUGGGGGAACCUGCCCCCGAGUGCUGGGCCUGGGCUGCCUCUCAGCGUGGGUAAGGCUUGGUGUGUGCAGAGUGGCCAGAAGCAGGUGCCUCUUAGACCGUUCGGGCCGCUAUAACAAAGAUACCACAGACUGGGUAGGACUUGAACAACAGACACUUACUUCUCACAGUUCUGGAGACUAGGAAGUCACCUCAAGGCCCCUCCUCUUAAUACCAUCAGCUCGGGGGUAGGAUUUCAAGCCAUGGCAAGGAGGAAGGAGCAGGCAUGGAGUCUGCUGCUGCAGAUGGCCAACUCCCGGGCCAGGCUGACCGCUGUUCUUCCUUGGCUCUGCAGCCCCCAGUCUGAGCCCAGAGCUCCGAGCCAGACCCUUGGGCUUCCCGGCUGAGCGCUCUGCUGAGAGGGUGCUCGGCCCAGCCGGUAGGGCACCUGGGUGUGUGGGCGGGAGUCCUGAGCCCCCAUGACUGGCACAGACGCUGCCCUCUUAGGCCCAAGGAAGGUCCUGGAACUCAAACUACACUGCUCAGGUGUGGGGCCACCCCCACCCUGUCACGGUCUCAGCAGUGACGACAGAGUCCAGACCUGAGGCUCCCUUUCCCCCCCAGGUUCCCCGGCUGCCCCCACCCUCCUCGCCGAGGGAGACACGACUGCGCCGACAGCCACCCUUGGCCCGUGGGCUCCCGUAGAGGAAACUGCACGAGGCUCCCGCCGGCUGUCUUGCUCAGGCCAGACC